GGGGUUUGUGACUUUGUGGCUGUGGUAACUAGUGACGACCGUGUUGUCAUAAUCACCCACCCGUACCCGAGUGUAUGCAGGGUGAUUCUCCUAUUGUACAGAAUAGGAUAGGGGGAACCAUGGCAUACUUGCGAGGCGCCCCAUCUAAUAUCCAACGUACAGAGAAUAUAAAUUGUGCGCGAUUUUUGUGCUGAGCCAAGAUCCUCUAUUUUUAAAACACAAAACCAGGACAUCGGAUUAUUUCUACGCGCACCAUUUUGAUCGAAGCGGUCCAUGAUGGAGCACAUCCGAACGCCAAAGGUGGAGAAUGUCCGCCUGAUUGACCGUACGGCCCCUAGGAAAGCCACGGUGGGGACGCUGUACCUCUCUGCCACACACACCAUCUUCGUGGAGAACAACCCAGAGACACGCAGAGAGACUUGGGUGCUCCACAGCAUGGUGGCCAGUGUGGAGCGGCCGCCAACCACCCCUUCAGGAAGCCACCUGGUCGUCCACACUAAGAACUUCCAGGUGGUUCAGCUGCUCAUCCCCCAGGAGAGGGACGCCAUGGAUGUCCAGGCCUCGCUCGCACGCCUCUCUCGCCCAGAGAAAUAUAGCGAGCUCUACUGCUUGUCCAUCAACCCCAACGCCAACAAGGAGGAGAGGGAGGAGUCCUGGAGUUUCCUAGACCUGCAGGCGGACUACAGACGCAUGGGCGUGCCCAACAACCUCUGGGUCAGCACUCCGGCCAACAGCGAGUACAGGGUGUGUGACACGUACCCAUCAGAGCUGUUUGUGCCAAAGUCGGCCACACCUCCAGUCAUCGUGGGGAGCUCGAAGUUCCGGAGCCGAGGGCGUUUACCCGUCCUGACGUACUUCCACCAGGAUACCCUAGCUGCUAUCUGCCGCUGUAGUCAGCCCCUGUCCGGCUUCAGUGCUCGCUCCCAGGAGGAUGAACAAAUGCUGGAGGCCAUCAUGAAGUCCAACCCGGGCAGCGACUACAUCUACGUGGUGGACACCAGGCCAAAGUUGAAUGCGAUGGCCAACCGGGCGGCUGGAAAAGGCUAUGAGAACGAGGACCACUACACCAACAUCAAACUGCAGUUCAUCGGCAUCGAGAACAUCCACGUGAUGAGGAACAGCCAGCAGAAGAUCAUUGACGUGGGCGAGCUCAAGACUCCCUCCAUGGGCGACUUCCUGUGGGGGCUGGAGAGCUCCGGUUGGCUGAAGCACAUCAAAGCCGUGCUGGACGCAGGCGUCUUCAUCGCCAAGGCGGUUGCGGAGGAGGGUAUCAGUGUGGUGGUCCACUGUUCGGACGGUUGGGACAGGACGGCCCAGGCCUGCUCUGUAGCCAGCGUUCUCCUGGAGCCUUACUACAGGACUAUGAAGGGACUCAUGCUGCUAAUCGAGAGGGACUGGGUGUCGUUCGGUCACAAGUUUUCACACAGGUACAGCCAUCUGGAAGGUGAUCCUAAGGAGGUGUCCCCGGUGAUAGACCAGUUCCUGGAGUGUGUGUGGCAGCUGUCAGAGCAGUUCCCCUGUGCCUUUGAGUUCAACGAGCGCUUCCUGGUCCAGCUGCACAGACACGUCUACUCCUGCCAGUACGGCAACUUCCUGGGCAACAGCCAGAAGGAGAGGAGGGACAUGGGGUUGCGUGAGAGGACUCACUCCCUGUGGCCCCAGCUGUGGAAGGACAGGGCACAGUACGCCAACCCCUUGUACAGGGCUGACCACACCCAGACUCAGGGGAUGCUACGGCCAAACACCACCCCCUACUGCUUCAAGAUGUGGAAGGGCAUGUAUAACCGUGUGGAGAAGAGUGCGCCCCCGCGCCAGACGCCCACCGAAUUACUGACAGCAGUCAGGGAGGAGACUCAGCAGCUGGAGGAGGAGCUGACCAAUCACCAGGAGAGGAUUGCAGCCCUGAUGAAGGGGGAUCAAACUAAGGGUAAUGCGGGUCAGAGGAAGACCAACAAAGUGUGUGAGGAAGAAUGCAGGCCAGGUGGGCUGGCUCCUCCCACUGGAGAUUGCCCCUUCACUAGCCCCCCUCGGGACUAUUUUCCCUCCCAGGGGGGGCCCCCGGGCCCGGCUAUGACUCUGCCCUUGGGGCCCCCCAAGGGCCCUGGCCUUGACCCCGACGACCUCUCCUCGGCUUGCAGUGACAUGGAAUCGGGCGUGGCCGACCUCAGCAGCCGCUCCUCCAGCGGCGGCGACGACAGCAAGGACCCCGACGAGGCCAUUUAGUGCGCAGCCUGAGCGAAAAUGGCGAUCAAUGAGGGGUUGAAGAGGGGCUUGUCGGAGGGCACUUUGCAUUGACAAUUGAAUAUCACAGAGGUCUCUUUUGACGGGGCCAAUUGGACUGGAUUUUACUUGUGGUUCUUUUGUUUUGUUUCUGUGUAGUUAGUAUCGGAGCACAACGUGAGCACCUGCCGGGUAUUGUGGUAACACUGGGUAGCCAUAGUGGAUGUUUUAACCCCAUACUAGUGUAAAAUGUGAACAAAAAUAUUCCAGGACCAAACAUUUACAGCAAAGGCAAAAUACUGUGUGUGGAAUAUUUUGUCUUAAGCUAUUAUGUUGAGUUACAAUGUACUGUACAACAUUUUAAAACAGGAAAAAACUAAAUGUACAUUUGUUUGUACUUUCCUUUAGACCCAUGCAUUACAUUGGUCACACCAAGUAGGACUACCCCUCGAUAACAAAAGUAUCAGAAGCAUCUGAAAUCCAUUUGUCCAUUCUGUAGUCUGAACAAGCAUAUAGGCUACAAUGUAUCCCAGUGGUAUAACAUGGUCGUGUUCAGGAGGAAAACACUGAACAAAAACGGUCAGAAAACUAUUGAACUUGUCCAAUAAGAAACGCUGUUGCAAAACAAUUCGCUACAUUCUGCACUUAUGAACACGACCCAGAUAACACUGUCAAACACGGCACGUGUUCUUGGAACAUUUAUCACCACCCAAUCUAGUUUUAUGUUUACUGUCUCGUUCUGAUAGCCUGCCUUCUCACACAAAUGAAGAAACACUGCACUUCCCAACUAGCCUGGAUGAACAGAAAUGUCCACGUUGCCAUGACUAGGCUUUUAUUUGGUCUUGAAAUGAAAGUUGCUGCUUAUUAGUAAUGAAUCGAGAGACAUACUCUUUCCUUUGGAAAGCCCAUUGAACGGCGGUAACCUUUUCAGAUGGUUAUUCCCACUGAUGUGUGUAUUUAACUGUGUAUACGAGUGCAUUCACUAGCGCUGUAGUAUGAACACUUAGGAUACAUUAGAAACUUUGUUCCAAUAUCAACACCAGCUCACCACUUAGAAUGCAUGGCCAACACAUUGGUUCAAUCUGAAUGGUAUGUGGGUGUGGAUAUUGGAAGUCAAAUCUCUUUGUGAUCGGUAGCAUUAGUUAGCCUGUGUGCCAUUCUGUUUCUGUCCUCUUGCCAACUGCCUACAGACGGGUUAGCUGACAACAGCACGAAAAGAUGUGUGUGCGCUUCAAAGGGGCAGAAAGCCGUGUGUUAUGGUUCUGGAUGGCCAGAUCACUAGCAACAAUGACAAGAAACCAUACGUGGGAUCCUAGGUGGCUAGUUUCAUCUUGAUACCAUGUCUUGUUUUGAUCUAUGCUAAUAUGGCUAACAUUUGCUAGCUAGCUAACCAACAACUGUAAUGAUGUAUUUGAGAGACAAGUGCUCAUUGUGGAACUUUAUUUGUUUUCAAUAAACAUUGGAGACUAAAUAUAGUUUACGUGUUGUCAACAGUCUAAACCAACCACGUCUGUUUUGCCCCAUAGUUGCACACGCCUCGGUUUUGUUGCUAAACAACCAACCCGUCUAUGGAAUUGUCAUGGCUUGACAAUGAGCAAUGGAGUUGGUAAGAGCACAAACAGAUCUGGGACCAGGCUAAGUAUUAGACUGUUGAGAAACCACUUGUAUGGUCAACCUGGGAAAACAACAUGGCUAAAUCCAAUGGAUAUCCUUUCCACUGUGGUAUUUAGUGUUUACUUUAUACAUUGUUGUAAAUGACCUGUUGUAAAUGACCUGAAAUAAACUCCAUUCACUGUCAAAGGGAAA